GUUGUGUGAGGCGACGUAUGGCAACCCCGCCAAGGCCAGUGAGUUGUGUUGAGCCGAGCUCAGUCACGGUCACACAGACCUUUGAAGAGGAUGAGUAUACGUUCUUCUUCUUCUUUUAGUUGUCCACCCAGGCGAGGAUGGAGAGUGGCACUGUGUCUCACCAGGGCGGGUGCCACUGUGGAGCUGUUAGGUUCGAGGUAAUGGCACCAGAGCGCCUCACCGUCAUGGAUUGCAGCUGCAGCAUCUGCGUCAAGAAGCAGAACAAGCACUUCAUCGUUCCCUCCAGCUGCUUCAAGCUGCUGCAGGGGCACGACUCUCUCACCACCUACACCUUCAACACCCACACCGCCAAGCACACCUUCUGCUCCACCUGCGGCGUCCAGUCCUUCUACGUCCCCAGGUCCAACCCGGACGGCUAUGGUAUUGCGCCCCAUUGCCUAGAUGAAGGCACUGUGAAGAGCAUCAGAUAUGAAACGUUUGAUGGAAGGAGCUGGGAAGAGCACAUGAAGAAAAAUAUUCAUAUAGCCAACUAUUCCAAAAUUAAGGAAUAAACGCAGUUGUCUUAUGUUGAGUUUUUCCCUAUUGAUUGUGUCUGCUUUUUAUUAUUAUUCUCAAGAUUUAUUUGUAUAUGUUAUUAAAUAUUGACACACCUUA